AUGGAAAACGCCCGGAUGGACGCCCUAACCUAUACCUGCGCAGACACCUACGCCCCCAGCCACCUCCCCGACACUAUUAUACACCAAGGAGCAACUGCCAAUAAGGCGGAAGACGCCAAGAAGAAGAAAUACGCCUUCCUCAUGGACCGCUUUAUUUUUGUCCCGGUUGCCAUGGAGACGUCAGGCGGUUUCGCAUCAGAGGGAUUGUCAUUUUUGCGCGAAGUUGGGCGGAGGAUUGGUGCCCGUGAAAAGGAUUUAGUAAUUAUUUCCUGCCAGAUUGGUGCCGCAGUGGCGUGUCCGGUUAUUGGACUCCUAUCGAGACAGAAAGGCCUCCGUUUCUCCAUGCUUUUUCCCACGAUACCGUUGAUCGUGGGCUGGUUCCUGAUUGGAUUUGCCUACAACCUGGAAAUGCUUAUGUUCGGGAGAUUUAUAACAGGCUUUUGUUCGGGAGGACUUGCCCUCACGGCGCCUGCGUUUGUUGCAGAAAUUGCAGUCCCCUCAAUUCGUGGGACGCUGAGUUAUGCCUACUUUUUCAAUUUCUCGUGCGGUAUUUUAUACAUGUUCACAAUCGGUUCUGUGACGUCGUACCAGUUGCAAUCCUGCUUGAGCAUCCUUCCCCCGAUUUUGUUCUUCCUGUUAAUGAUGUUCAUCCCGGAAUCACCUAAAUAUUUGGUAGAGAAUGGGAAGACAGGGGAAGCAAUCAAAUCCCUCAUGUGGUUCAGAAUGGCGGAAACACCGGAACUUGUCAAAAAUGAGUUGAAAAAGCUUGAAGACGCAACCUUGGCAAAGAAGGAUAUUUUGGUGGUUAAUGAAGUCAAAUUUUGUCGGCGGGAAACUGUGCAUCCCAUCCUGAUUGCUGGCAUGCUUCAAACCCUGCUACAAGCCUGUGGCGAACUACCCGUCAUUUUCUACACAGUCGAAAUUUUUGAAUCUGCCGGUUGUCAAAAUGGAAACGUUGGGACGAUUCUUGUUGGAGUGACGCAAAUCAUAGUGAUCGCGAUAUCGUCACUGUUUAUCGACCGAUUUGGGAGGAAGCCCCUACUGAUUGGGUCAGAAGUGUUGAUGGCAGUGUGUCUCAUAGGCUUGGGGUGUUUCUUGUAUCUUAAGGAAAUAUAUGUCGGUUCGGUUGAGAAUUAUGGAUGGUUUCCCAUCAUUAGUUUGGUGGGUUUUAUAGCCGCCUUUGCCAUGGGGAUUGGUCCAAUUCCUUUCUUAGUGAUAGGGGAGGUAAUUGCACCGGAGGAUAAAGGGAUGUCGUCUGCCGUUAUUAUAAUUGGAUAA